AUGUCUUCCGAUCGCGUUGUCGACACUACCUUAUUAACUUUAACUCGUCAAAAAGAUAUUCUCGUUGAGAGCCCACGAAUAACGCGAAAACGACAAACGGAAAAUAAAGAAAAUGUUGAAAAUUUUCAGCCCAAUAAAUCUCAGAGAUCUGGUUAUUUGAUUAACGUGGAAGACGCGCAUAAAUCAAAGAAAGUGACUUUGAUAAAUGAAGAUAAUUUGGAAGAAUUUUUUCUCAUUUUAUGUGAUUCAUGGAUGGAUACAAAAAUUUUCAAGAAUGACACUGUUAGUAUUAUUGGCGAGUUUAAAGACGGGUCUUGUAUAGCAAAAGAUUCGAAUAAUGUUCUUAUAAUAGUUAAUCCCGAUGUGCUAGUGUCAUCUACUUGUGUUAGCGAGGCAUACAGUUGUAUGAGAAGGGCUAUUUUAAAGGACCGAAUAAGUAGUGGUAAUUUUAAUACCCCAGCGGCCGUACUUGGAACGCUUAGUCACGAAUUUAUUCAACAUUGCUUAAAGAGUAAUGACUUUUCCCCAUCUUUUAUGGAUUCAAAAAUAAAACAGGUCAUGAAAAAAAACAUUCCAAAAAUAUACUUUUCUAAUCUAAAAGAAUCUAAAGUUAUUAAGGAAUUGGCGGAUAAAAAAAUCAUAUAUCGUAAUUUUGCCGAAUGUUAUGUCAAUCAAUUGCCAAAGUUUGAUUUGGGAAAGGUUGAAAGCAUUCGAGGGGAUAUGUAUUCGUUGAUUUGUAUUAGCAAAACCUUGGACGUUGAGGAACGUAUUUGGUCUCCAACAUUUGGACUAAAAGGAAUUUUAGAUGCUUCAAUCGAAGUCAAAGUUUUGGAGAACAGGACUUUGAAAAAAUAUAUAAUGCCGUUAGAAAUAAAAACUGCCUGGAAGGAGGAUUUCACUCAUAAUUUACAGACCAUAUUGUAUUGUGUGAUGAUGAAUGAUCAUUACAAAGUUAAUGUUGAAUCAGGUUUACUUUAUUACGUAAAGAGUAAUAAUGAUCGAAAUGAUCAAAAUGCGGGGAAAUUAAAAAGGAUUCACGUGUCAAUUCAAGAAUUACGAGAAAUAAUCAAGACUCGUAAUGAAAUCACUUGGUACAUGUCCAAUCGACAACGACAUAUUUUGCCACCAAUGAUUAAAGAUUCUCAAUCGUGCGGUAAAUGCAACAUCCGAUCCACGUGCUUUCUCUAUCACAAGGCUAUCGAAAACGGUAAAUCAGAAGAUUCUGGUGUCAUUGAACUCUUUAAUGAAGCCACCGCUCACCUUGGUGAAAUUCAUGUUGAAUUCUUUCGAAAGUGGGAGGAACUAAUUAAGUUGGAAGAAGAGGAUGUGAGUCAAGUACGACCACAAAUCUGGAAUACAUCAAGCUUAAAUCGCGAUUCUACCCAAAGUCUUUAUAAUAUGCAUUUAGAUUUGAAUAGCAUAAUAGAAUUUCCAGGUUCUACCGGAUUGUGUCAACUUAAAUGCAAGUUUUUUCAAGUUGAUAGCAAAGAAAGUUCAAUAUUAUAUACACAGUUUUGUGUUAAUGAUUUUGUUGUUGUGUCUUCUGAACAAGGACAUUAUGCACUAGCUACUGGCUUUGUGAAUGAAAUCGCGCCAGAUUAUAUUUGUUUAACUUUGGACCGAAAACCUUGUGGUGGUCCAAAACAAGCAAACGAUUUUGACAUAGAGACUUGUCACAGCUUUUUAGGAUUACAAGAUAGAACGGAACAAGAAGGAAUACUUAAAAAUCCAUUAGGAUUUGACUUGGCGACAACUUCUUACCGAAUCGAUCGAGAUGAGUUAACCUCCAGCAUAAAGCUCGUACGGCAAAAUCUUGUUAGUCUCCUUAUGGAUGUUUCAACUAGAAAAUUAAGAAAAUUGAUCGUUAAUCUCGAAGCACCACAAUACUGUCGAACUUUCCCUACAUUAAUAAAUUAUAAUGAUCUUAAAAAGGAUUUGAACGAGGACCAAGUUAAAGCAUUUGAAUUGGCUUUGAAUGCCGAAGAUUAUGCAUUAAUUUUAGGAAUGCCAGGGACAGGAAAAACUUUUACUAUAGCCCAAAUAAUUAAGGCUCUUUUACGUAGAGGAGAUUCUGUGCUUCUUGCCUCUUAUACUCAUUCGGCCGUGGAUAAUGUUCUUUCAAAAUUAAGUGAUUAUGGAGAAGAAAUAUUGAGAAUUGGUGAUAAAAGCAAAGUUCACAAAAGCAAUUGGCCACUUAUAAUAGACAACAAUAAAUUUGAGAAUAUUGACGAAUUUUCUGAUUUCAUUGAAACUAGGAAAGUGGUUGCAACCACAUGCCUCGGAAUGAAUAAUCCAAUAUUUACUAAACGAAGGUUCGAUUAUUGUAUCAUUGAUGAAGCAACGCAAAUAACACUUCCAACUUGUAUUGGGCCACUUCGCUUUGCGGACCGUUUUCUUUUAGUCGGUGAUCACAAUCAGUUACAACCUUUAGUGCGUAGAAAUGAAGCCAUUAAGAAAGGAAUGGAAAAGAGUUUAUUUAAAAUGUUUACAGAAAUUCAUCCAAAUGCGGUUGCAAAUUUAAGAUAUCAAUACAGAAUGAAUGAAGAAAUCAUGAACUUAUCCAAUUCGGUAAUUUAUGAUAGCAAUAUGCUUAGUGGGUCAACAAUUACGGCUCAAACACGUUUGUUCAUUCCUAGAUGGAAUGAAGAUUUUCUUUCUCAAUUUCAUGACCCGGAUUAUUAUUGUUGUCACGACAGUUGCUGGUUAAAGGAUGUAAUCGAUCCUGAACGACCAUUGAUUAUGAUUGACACCGAUAACCUUCAUACCAAAGAAUUUGUUUCAAAAGGAAAAUAUCAAAAUGAUAUGGAAGUCAUACUUGUCGAACAUAGCGUCAAAGCUUUACUGGCAGGAGGCAUUCCUGCUAAAGAAAUUGGUAUCAUCACGCCAUUUCGUUCCCAGUUAAAACACAUUGCACACAAAUUUAAAGGUUGCAGUGAGUUGGAAGUUUCGACAAUCGAUCGUUUUCAAGGAAGGGAGAAACAAGUCAUUGUAUUAUCAUUGGUGAGGUCGAAUUCUGAAUUAAAGGUUGGAAACUUGCUUGAAGAUUACCGAAGAAUAAAUGUUGCAAUAACUCGAGCAAAAUUCAAAUUAAUAAUCGUCGGAAGUCGUUCUACACUGUGGGCGUCGUCAAUCUUGAGAAACAUUAUAAAUUAUCUUGAACAGAAUAAUAUGAUAUAUCAACUAUCCAAUAAUGGAUCUCCAUAUUGGCACGAUAUCCCAUUAUUCGUUGAUUUAAGUAACGUCAAGGAUAUUACUGAAGUCGACAAAAAAGAUAAUAAAGUUUCGACAACAAAAAGAUACAAAUCAACUAAUUCGAUGGUAUUUGUUGAGACAAUUCUAAAGCGAAAUCCCAUCAUGAGAGAGAUUAUUAAUGAGAAUUCCACUUUUUAA